AUGUUGAGUCAAGGAAUCACCGCAGCAUUACUUUUCCUUGCAAGUUCUCAAUUUGUAGUGAUAUUUGGCGAAAUUUCGUCGACCACCUAUGCACAGUUGGACUUUACAGUCAGCUUGCUCAAAGAAAUAGCACAAGGCGAUAAAUCUGCCAUCCUAUCUCCUCUUUCCGUUUCAACUGCACUUUUUAUGAUUUACCUGGCAACGGAUGGAGUAACGAAGAAACAAAUAGCGAAAGUUCUUGGAGGAAGUGCAGAGAAAGAAGAACUUCAACAAUAUUUUGCCAAACUGUUGGCAGGUAUUGAUAAGGGAAACAAUAAAAACUACACGUUAAAAAUAGCAAAUCGUUUUUACAUACAACAAGGAUUUUCAACAAAGGAAAGCUUUGCCAGAACACUUAAAUUUUAUUACGGUGAAACAUUGCAUAAGUUCAAUUAUGAACGAAGUGACCAACUUAUUCAGCAAAUUAAUAGUUGGGUGUCAGAAAAGACCAACAGUAAAAUAACGGAAUUGGUGACAAUGGGCGAUAUCAAUGAUGACACUGAAAUGUUGUUACUGAAUGCAAUUUACUUCAACGGUAUAUGGAAGACACAGUUUGAUGACACGGAGACUUAUAAUGAUAAAUUUUACAUUUCAAAUGGCAAAACGAAAAAUGUAUUGAUGAUGAGAUUAGAAGCAAAAUUCCCGUACUAUGAAGAUGAUUCUGUGCAAGUUGUCAAAUUGCCUUAUGUUGGUAACGAAGUAGAAAUGGUCCUCAUUUUACCAAGAAUUCGUUUUGGUAUAUCCAAUGUUCUAAAAAACUUGACGGGCGAAUAUCUACUCUCAUAUAUUAGUGAAGCUACGCCAAAAUUGGUGUCGCUGAAAUUACCGAAGUUCCGUUUGGAAGCAAAAUUGGAUUUGAAAGAAAUUUUACGGAAAAUUGGCAUUGGGGAUGCUCUCAGUGAAAGAGCCAAUUUCAGAGAGCUUACGGAUGACGCAGUUACCAUUGGCGGUAUUUUGCACGGAGGCUUCAUUGAGGUGAAUGAAAAAGGAACAGAAUCAGCGGCUGCGACCGUGAUUAAUAUAGUGCCCCUCAUGUUAAUGGAAUCUAAGGCAUUCAUCGCUGAUCAGCCAUUCCUCUUUGCAAUUGUUAGGAAUUCCGAUACAGUUUUGUUUGCAGGCCAAUUUGCCAAGUGA